UCUCUGCUGCUAUUUUCCACUCUUCGCAUUUUGAUGGAUCCCAAAAUCGUUUUUCUGGUCGCCCUUCUUGCUCAAUCAUAUAAAGGGAAAAAGUUCACAUAUGGGGCUUCUUCGGGUCAGUUCGAUCCAAGCCGUGUCAGCCAAAUUUCAUGGAAUCCCAGGGCGUUUAUAUACAGAGGAUUUUUAAGUGAUGAUGAAUGCGAUCAUCUCAUUUAUCUGGGGAAAGACAAAUUAGAAGAAUCUCAAGUGGUUGACGAGGAGAAUGGCAUUAAUGUAAUGAGCGAAUAUCGCACAAGCUCCAGCAUGUUUCUUCCGACAACCAUACAGGACAAUAUAGUUUCAAAGAUUGAGGCAAAAAUUGCUGCAUGGACCUUCCUUCCUCAAGAAAAUGGAGAGGAUAUACAAAUAUUGCGCUACAAGAAAGGGCAAAAGUACGGUGUCCACCCGGAUUAUGCCCCGGAUGAUGUAGCCGAACAAGAACGGGGUGGUAACCGAUUGGCUACCAUCCUCAUGUACUUAUCAAACGUCGAUCUCGGCGGAGAGACGGUUUUUCCUUACUCGCAGACAAAAUAUGGUGACACUAAAGGUGAUUAUUCAUCUGAUUGUGCUAAACAAGGACAAGCAGUAAAACCUCGAAAGGGCGACGCAUUGCUAUUUUUUAGCCUUUUUCCCAACGGAACAAUAGAUCCUUCGAGCAUGCACGAGGCUUGUCCGGUGAUUAAAGGUGAAAAGUGGUCUGCGACAAAAUGGAUUCGAGUGAGGGCUUUUAAGACAAUGACAUCGAGACUUACAACAACAAUGUUUAUGAAAAAUCGCAUUGCAUUGCAAGAAGAAUCAUAGCUAUGCGAGAGGCUCAAAUGGUCGAUGAAAUGCAAGCUACAUAGUCUUUAUAGACAUUUAAUCAAUAAAAAAAGUGCAAAGACAUUUAUAUGUGAAA